AUGCGCGUCUCCAAGGGAAAAGUGUGGAUGAAAGACAUCGACAUGAAAGGCGGACCUCUUACUCUGAAGGACCAGGAACUAGAAAAUAUAUACUUGAAACGACGCGAAAGGCUAACACGCUUCUGCAAAACGAAACCAAAGGCCAAAGUACUGGUUGGGCGUUUUCAUGUUGACCAAAAACGAAAAACUUUGUAUUGUGGAACAGCCAAAUGUGGUUCAACGUUUUGGCGCCGGAUGUUCGACGUCAUGACCGGAAAUGAUCGAGACAUUACCUCCCCUUUUGAAAUUUCCUAUGGUUAUGCCGAUCCUGUUUUGAUUGAGAACAUCAUACAGAAGUCACAGAACGUAGUUAUCGAAAUAUUUAGAAAAUAUUUUCGGUUUAUGUUUUCUCGAGAACCAUAUGGCAGGUUGUUUUCGGCAUACUUGAAUAAGUUUUUUGCGGUUGAAAAACAUUACUGGAUUUCUGUAGGUCGAGGUAUUAAACAGAACGGUUUCAACCAAUCGCUUAGAAGCAGAGCGUGUGGGCAUGACGUCACAUUUGCCGAAUUCGUCAAAUAUGUGAUAUCUGAAUCCAACAACACAAACAUUGUAAUGGAUGAACACUUCACCCCUCAGAACACUCUCUGUGGCUUGUGUAACAUUCGAUAUGACGUCAUCGGUACCAUGGAAACGUUUACAGAUGACACGCAAUACAUUUUACGAAAGAUGUCUUUUUACGGCAAAGAGUUUACCUUCAAGAAUUUCGAGGAAGAAAUAACUGGAGACUUUAUAGCGGACGAAAUUACUCAAACAUAUAUAUUUCGGGAUGACGUCACUUCCUGUAUGACGUUUCACGACAGUCUGAAAAGAUUAUGGCGAUUAUUCCAAAUUUAUGGCAUCUUGUCUACAAAGGAUGAAUUUCCAUUUAGCAAACGAGAAAGUAGAACGCUGACAAUGUUGAACCUGACAGAGACAGUUUUUCAGUACCGCGGUCGUCGUGGUUCCUCUCACAGCCACAAUAAACACGACGCCAUGUUGCAAGCAUACCGAACCAUUCCACACGCGGAUCUCCGAGCACUGCGCUCACUACAUGAGGAUGAUUUCAACAUGUUUGAGUAUGAGAGCGAACCGGCAGACAUUUUUAGUGUGACAACUUCUGUCAAACAAGAUGACUUCGAUUAUUUUGACAUUCUGUGA